ACGGGUGAAGGUCCACUCCGCGCCAGCCGCCGUACGCCGAGAUCUCCCGGGCAGCCUUCAGUCGAGCAGUGGCGGCCGCUCGCGGUCACCGCAUCCUAGCAACCGGCGACACUGAACGCUGUACGCGUAACUCUGCUGCUUGCUCUCUUAGGCCACUUCUCUCCUUCUCAGCCUGACUUUAACGUGCUACAUCUUGAGACUCCCAUCACGUGUGUUGAUUGCAGAGACACUUUCGCCACCUUUUAGUGAAUCGUGUCAGUUCCUAAGAGUGCCUCGUCGAGUCUGUUACGUCGGUGAAACCUGUAUCUGCGACGACUCCAGUCCAUCAACACAGCAGACGUCCAGCUGCCAGCGAACGGAGCUCGCCUGGAGGCGAAGGGGAAGUCCCGCGGCGCGAUGCGUGCGCUGGCGGCGGCGCUGGCCGUGGCGGCGGCGUUGGCGGGGGCGGAGGCGCUCUCCUACUGGCGGCCCACGACGCCCUCGACGACGACGGUGCGGCCCGAGGAGGCGUGCCACCUGCCGUGCCGCUGCCUGCGGCUCAGCCGCUGGACGCCGCGCAUGCGCGCCCACUGCCUCGUCGUCUGGGACAGCGACCGCCGCCCCCACCCCCCCUUCCAGCUGGACUCCUCCGUCGACGAGGUCGACUUCGCUCGCAGCAGGAUCCACAAAUUAUACGCCGUGCACCUAGAGGGCCUGGAGCGUGUUAAGGUUAUGCACAUGAACGGGGUGGGCCUGGCGUCCAUAACGACCAACGCCUUCGACCAGCUGCCGGACUUGUGGUCGGUGAGCCUGGAGCGCAACCACCUGUCGUCGGUGCCGCCCUUCGUUUUCGUGCGGAACCGGCGACUGCACUACCUGUCGCUGCGCAGAAACAUGCUCACGGUCCAUCCGGGCAUGCCAUUGGUGGGCGCCAGCAGUCUGGAGGUGCUGGACGUGUCCGAGUGUGGCAUCGACGCCGUGUACGAAGCCACCUUCCGCCCGCUGCGCAAACUCCGCCAGCUGCACCUCGAGGGCAACUUGCUGAGGGUUCUGCCAGCUGGAACUACGGCCCAGGUGCCGCAGCUCGUCCGCCUUUUCCUGCAGCGCAAUAAUUUGAUCUUCUUUCCCGGCGAUGCCAUCAAGAACCUGCCGCAGCUGCUGGAGCUGCGGCUGGACGGGAACAGACUGAUGCAGGGCCCCCUGGGCCCGCUGCAGGCGCCCAAGCUGCAGCGGCUGUCGGCGGCGGACUGCGCGCUCCAGUCGGUGCAGCCCGACCUGCUGGCGGCGGCGCCGGAGCUGCGCUACCUGGACCUGCAGGCCAACCGCCUGCGCACGCUCUGGCUGGCCAACGAGUCGGCCGAGGCGCACCUCGUGCUGCUCGACGUGGAGCGCAACCCGCUGGAGUGCGACUGCGCGCUGCGCGACACCUGGAACUGGGCCGAGGAGCACGUGGACGAGGCCAUCGUCUACUGCGGGGAGCCGCCGCGGCCCUGGCAGGACGUGCAGCUCCACAAGCUCGACUGCGACAAGACGGCAGGGCAGACGGCGAGCACGGUGUCCAGCGUCACUGGUGCCACUACUAUUGGCACCGGUAGUGGCGUCACUGCCGGCGCCAGCGAUGGUGCCACUACCGGCGCCAGCACGGGCGGCAGCGAGGCGGGGGCGGCGGCGCUGUGGGCGUCUCUGUCGCUGCUGGCGGUGCUGGCCGCGGUGGGCGGCGCGCUGCUCUUCGUCUACCGGCACGAAGUGCUGGCGCGCUACUUCAGCCCGGAGGCGCGAGCCGCUGCCUCUGGGGGCAACGACGUCCUGCCCCUCGAGCGCAACCACACCAACGCCACCGACGACGUCCCCAUCGGACUGCCCGACAUCGGCCAGCCCCACGAAGGUGGCGUCGCCCCCUGGCUCCGACAGUGACCUGCGCUGCGCCUCUGUUGACGGGGUCCACAUUUUGGGGUGGCUUCUUGGUUGACACCGCCCCAGAUGCCAGUUGCUGACGGCGACAGUGCCACUGAGACUGAGAUGGGGCAACAUAACCUCCAGCGGCACGUAUUUCCAGUGACAGAAUCGAAUCGCGUACCGCCUUCAGUGAGCUCGUCUGUUUCCUUCCCCUCAGUCGCUGUUUCGUGCUCUCUGGAUACAUGUACAGCGACAAAAGACAGUACUCCUGUGUGUCACCAUCCUUAAAAUCCUCAACGUCGCUCCGUGUGUUCUAAGAGCUACACGGUCAGAACGGGAGGGACGAUACCAAAGUGAUCCAAGAGUCCUCUGUGCCAUGCAGGAAUCAUUCAACACGUGUGAUGAUUUACCCAUCAAAAUCCUAUCUUUCUGCACUAUGUCAAAUGGUACAUUGCCUCAUCCGUCAUUUGGGAGGAAUAGUAAUCAGUGCAGGCAUACAGAGACGAACAAAAUGUCGUAGUUUUCCAGUACCAAUAGACUGCGAAUGUUCUGCAUUGGAAACGUUUCAGAACUGUUCCUACUGAAGCGAGGUUAUCACAUCCUGCGUUAUGGCUUCCUUUGCACGCUGCGUGGUUCUUUAGUGGGUACAGGAGCAAGGAUCAGAUGCCGUUCAUGAACGGAGGAUUCGGACAUUAAUUUAUUCUACAUCUAACAUCAAAUAGUAAAAAUAGUACAUAACUUUGUUGCUGUAUUUGCAGCGUCAGUCUCUAACAGUAGAUCUGAAUGCAGAAAUAUAUACAGAUACAAAAGAUUUAUAAAACUGUCACUCUUCAGUACAAUGUCUAUUCAGAAGAUGUCGCGCCCUGGCCACUAUGAAAGUUUGUAACUGUUAUCAACUGGUGCAAAUGCAAAAUGGACUCAGUGCAUGAAUCUUCGAACUUAAGUACACCAGUCGCUAGAGUUGCGGAGAGGGGAUGCUUGCAUCUCAUUGGCAGCGACGUAAUCGUUCGUGGCCAGCGCCCUCAUGCCGCGGUGGCGGCUGUAGGAAACGCGGCGGCGUAAAUGGCGGCUGUAUUUGAAAGUGUGGUCGACCAGAUAACGGCCGAUACCGCACCUACUCGGUUUCUUAAAUAAUUGUGUAAACGUUUCUGACUGUUUGAGGCGCCAAAACUGCAAAGAAGUGGGUCUAAAUGCAGGAGAAUUUACAGUUCCAGAUUCGCACUCAACUGGAUAACAUCAUCAUAUUCAGUGGUGUAAACUGUCCAUCUUGUACUCUAAGGCGUUUAGAAGGUCUUCAUAAACACUGAAACCAUUAAUAACGCACAGUUCCCGAAUUUUUGAUGGUCAUUAAAGCUUAAUGCAUCAGGAACCUGUAUGGACAGAAAGACUCGAACAGUGAUCCAUGCCAUAUGGAAUGCUGUCAACAUGAAGGAAAGUCGCCAGUGAUAAAUGCGAGAAUUUUCACGACUCUUUGUGUAUGAAGUGGUGAUAUUGUUUCUGAUAAACAAGGACGUCUUCGCCGUAUCAUAAGUUCAGCGUAAAAAAAAAACGUGAUAGCAUUACGUACUUGGGAUGGGAGCGCUUCCCACGUUUCAGUGUGGUGCAAUGAAGCUAAGGAAAAAUGUAAGCGUAGCAGGGUUAAUGUGUAUAACAGCCAUUGCAAAAAGUUUGUAAUUCAGCAUUUUGCUGCACGCGAGUGCAUGAAAGGCUACAAUAUUCCACCAACGUAGUGUUACUUAUUAUGACGUUGUGUAUGCAUCCUGAUUCCUAGUCAUUUGUCGGCGAUUCUGCAUACUGAAUAUUGAACGGAAGAGCCGAAAAGGGAUUUGUGAAGAAGUUCUGGAUAAAAAGUGAAGCACGAUACUCGAUUCAACCUUCAGCGUCCCUUAUAAUUUCCAGUGAUGCUAAAUACUCGUACAAGGAAUCAAAUGGCGAAAGAACCGAAGACAAUUAAACUGAGUUCCUAUACGUUCGAGUUCUUCGACCGAAUUCAUUCCUAGUUAUUGUUAUUUGCCAUUACAUUCCAGUUGGCAGUGUUCAGCUUUGUUGACUACGUUUUUGUGAAAAAAAGACGUAUAAAUCGUAUGUAUUUCGUUAUAUGUAAUACUUAUUCAAAUACUAAGUUAAAGCUGCUUAAAAUGAAAUAAGGUACAGUUUUAUUUUUCGCUCGAUUCAAAUUAAAAUAUUAUUGUUAAACACUUAAUUAUAGAAACAGUUUCAUUGUUUAAUAAUGCUUCACCUGACUCAUGCAAAGACUCAAUUUUCCUGCAAAAUGUUUUCCUUAUACUUCCUUGUUAUGUAUGCACAAGGAACAAGAAAAAUUAAAUAUAGAUACAUUGAGUCAACGCUACCGAUCUUAAAGAGACAGAGUCACAGCAUAGAAGUUUAUAAACAAUUUGGCAUCUCAUUUUCUUCUGACAUCAGUUCAAGAGCUCAUACAAUGUUGCAUUCAUUUGAAAAGCAUUAUUACAAUUGACAAUUACAUCCGCAGCUUUUCAUUAAUGAAGAGCUCCACUGAUUAUUGCUAUAUAAAUAUGUUCUUAUUGAUUUUUCUUUAAUUACGUCCUGUGUAUCUCUAUCCAAAUGGCAGUUAAUCAUUCCUGAAAAAAAAAUUGUCUCUUCACUUGAUUCACAAGCACCUAUUGCCCAAUUUAUUUUCAGGUAUUCUUACAAUUCCAUAUUUAUUUAUUUGCAGUAAGUGAUACAAAAUAAACUGUUAUUCGUUUCCA